AUGAAGCGGUUCAAGAUAACCGAGGAGACACGCAAUUAUCUCGGUGCCAAUUGCCUCUUCCGCGACAAGCGCAUGGACAAUACUGUUGCGUGCUUCACCCUGCACCAGAUCGCUGUGUCAAUAUUCCAUGACACAGUCCGCUCGGUCGUGGAUCUCGACAUCUUGAAGCUCGUAUGGUUCAGCGUCCUCCCGAUGUGCGUUCCUGUGAAGAUGCCCGCUGCUGGCGGACGCGCGCCGCCCAUGGUCUUCGACCGCAUCCAGCAGGACAAGUGCAAAUGGUUGGUUCAGGCGAUGCCGGACAGCAUUGUCGUCAAGCGCGGCAUCGAGGCCGCGCGGAAACUGAAGGAGAAGGCUGCGCGGCCGCCGACAGCACCAUCUGAUCCCAAUGCCAGGACCUCAGGCCGCUCGGGAGCGGGGAAGAGCUCCUCGAAGGGCGCGCCGAAGGAGGAUUUCACCGGUGCCAACUUUGAGCAACACCAGGUGUGGCUGCUGGACGCCCUUCAUGCUAUUUGGUCAGCAAUGGCCGACUGUCAGCUCGACCCGAGCGAUGAACACGCGAUUAUCAUGCAGUUGCUCGGCCCAGCCCUUGAGUUUUGCUUCGAGACCAAGGUGCGCCUGGGAAACGUCACGUACGAGAAGUGGUCAGAUCUGCGCCCAAAGCUUCGUGACCUUGCAGCUGCUACAGCCAUGAGCCGCGUCGGUGCUAUCGGUGCUGAUGGCGACAUCGACAGAGUCGAGAUGACCGUUCCCGAUAUCAUCGUGGCCAGCCUCGAGAACGCCACGCCUGCUGCCAGCGCGCCCGCCAUCCGACCGACAGAGCAGUCGAGGCUCCUGGACGCGCUGCAGACUGCUGCGGGGUCCGAGUGUGGCGAGCGGCUCAGUGAUUUCACCUCUACCAACAAGAUUACGACCACGCAGCCGAAGCGCCAUCCUUCCUGCCGCGGUAUCAUCGAUGCGCUGGCCGACCACCUUGGAGCCAACAACGGCGAGAUUGGUCGUUCGCUGGCCGAGGCCGCAUCUGGCAGCGGCGACGCGGAGGUUGCACUGGCUACCUUCCUGCAGCAUCUUCUCUCACUGGUGUACGAUAAGCUAUCGGAUGUGUUCGACUCCUCCAUGAUGGAGAUGUGCCAGCUGACAUACCAGUACGUGCAGUUAACGGCCCAGAUGCCUGCCUGCAUGCUGAAGUACUUCAAGAACGUGUCGGAGCUCAUCGACUUCAUGCGCCUGAGGCCUGUCUAUGCGCACCUGGCCAUCAGCGACAUCCUUUGCACUAGCGAUGAUUUCGUGAACCUCUCCGGGUCUCACUGCCGCCUCGACUUGGCGAAGUUGACAUCGGCCGCCAGGGAUGCUAGUACCCACUUGCGCGACGUGGAUCGUCGCCUGAAGUUCGACCAGUGGGUGCCAGCCUACACUGCGUUUGUGACGGGCGCGUGCGCCGGCGCCACCUCGCACGACUCGCUCCGCGAGACCAUCUUGACCAAGUACACGCUCCCAGAGGCUCAUGCCGCCCUGACCAACUUCGACGGCGCGUUGGUGGAGGCCGAGCAGUGCGGGUACGCCUGGCCGCCGCAGGCGAUACCCUUCGUGGACAUCUACGGGUUCACUCGGUUCAAGAACUCGGAGGCGAUCACCCUGGCAGCCGGCUCGCACAUCAACCUGUGCGUGUAUGAGAUGCCGACGGGAGAAUUUCCUACAGCGUACUGGCUUCGCAUGUUUAUGAAUUUUAUUGGGCCCAUGCUGGAUCGCAUUGCAUAUGGCCUGCCGAACUCCGAGCAGCUGGACCGCAUCGCAAUCGAGUGGGUUCCAGCAGGUGACGCUGCGGCUGGUGGUAGUAGGCCGAAACCGCCCCAACAUAAGGUCGUCGCUAGCAGCCUGGACGACUUGAAGGAGCUCGUCUUCACUGGUGAGGUCAGUCUCUCGCGCGGGAGCCGUUCGCACUUGCUGUGUGCGAUCAAGGUACCUGCCACGGACCCCAGGGACUCGCUUCUCAUGGGGAUCUACGUGGUCCCCGACAAGUCAGAUGCGGCCACCUCCAAGUGCCCCGUGCCAGCGUGGAUGGUGCGAGUGGCUACCGACGCGAAGGAGGCCAACCUGAUUGGUCAGAAGCGCAUCGUGCGGCUUGAUCUGCCAGGCUACCUGGUGAAGAAUGCGGACGCGACGACGGCUAUCAAUAUCCAGGUGACGUACCUCUCGGCACAGUCGGCAGAUUCGACAGGAGCUCCGCGUGCGCCUGAUGCGUGUGAGGCAGGACCAGUCGAGCUGGCACGCGCGGCGCUGCCUGGCGAGUGCAUGCCGAAGCAGAGGAAGUCUCGGUGCGCGAACCAGCCGCCGGCCGACGUUUCCGCGCUCUUCGGGCCCACCGCGGCGUCGGUGCAUAUGGCCAAGCUCGCCGCUAUCGAGGCUGGCGCGGAGACAGGCCAGACGGGCGUGACGGGCGGGGCUCAGGCUCAGCCUCAGCAGGGUCAGAGGAAGAAGAAGUGCUCGUGCCAGCACUUGCUGAGUUGA